AUGGCAGCCCAGAAUGGAAAUGCUAGUUUUCCAACCAACUUCAGUAUACCCCAAGAACAUGCCUCCUCCCUCCCCUUCAACUUCAGUUAUGGUGAUUAUGACCUCCCUCUGGAUGAGGAUGAGGAUAUGACCAAGACUCAGACCUUCUUUGCAGCCAAAAUUGUUAUUGGGGUGGCACUUGUGGGUAUCAUGCUGACUUGUGGUAUUGGCAACUUUGUCUUUAUCACUGCCCUCACCCGCUAUAAAAAGCUGCGCAACCUCACCAACCUGCUUAUUGCUAACCUGGCCAUCUCCGACUUCCUGGUAGCCAUCAUCUGCUGCCCCUUUGAGAUGGACUACUAUGUGGUGCAUCAGCUCUCCUGGGAGCAUGGCCAUGUGCUAUGUGCCUCUAUCAACUACCUGCGUACCGUCUCACUCUACGUCUCCACCAACGCCCUGCUGGCCAUUGCUAUUGACAGAUAUCUCGCUAUCGUUCACCCCUUGAAACCACGAAUGAAUUAUCAAACAGCCUCCUUCCUGAUCGCUUUGGUCUGGAUGGUAUCCAUUCUCAUCUCCAUCCCAUCAGCCUACUUCACAAAGGAAACUGUCCUCUUCAUUGUCAAAAACGAGAAAAAGAUCUUCUGCGGCCAGGUCUGGCCAGUGGACCAGCAGCUCUACUAUAAAUCCUACUUCCUCUUUGUCUUUGGCAUCGAAUUCCUGGGCCCUGUGGUCACCAUGACACUGUGCUAUGCCAGGAUCUCCCAGGAGCUCUGGUUCAAAGCGGUCCCGGGUGUCCAGACUGAACAGAUCCGGAAGCGGCUGCGCUGCCGCCGGAAGACGGUACUGGUACUCAUGUGUAUCCUCACGGCCUAUGUUCUGUGCUGGGCGCCCUUCUAUGGCUUCACAAUCGUGCGCGACUUCUUCCCCACUGUGUUCGUGAAGGAAAAGCAUUACCUCACAGCCUUUUACGUUGUGGAGUGCAUCGCCAUGAGCAACAGCAUGAUCAACACCGUGUGCUUCGUGACAGUGAAGAACACCACCAUGAAGUACUUCAAGAAAAUGCUGCUGCUCCACCGGCGGCCCUCCCACCAUGGGAGUAAGUCUAGUGCUGACCUUGACCUCAAAACCAGCCGCCUGCCGGCCACGGAGGAGGUGGAUUGUAUCAGGCUGAAGUGA